GCGGAGAGGAGAGAAGUUCCCCCGAGGCGACCCGUGUUUCAGUCGCCUCGAUCUCGACUCACGCGUUACCAGACACACAGCUCCUCCCUCUCUCGCAGCUACAGCCCAGAGCGGUUUAUUUCCUCCUCACAGUAUCAACACACUAGUUAUCCAACAUGGACGCGUACGAGCAGGUCCGCAUCAUCGGCAAGGGCUCGUUCGGCGUCGUGACGCAGAUCGUGCGUAAGGCAGACCGCAAGAUGCUGGUGUGGAAGGAAGUCAACUACGGCGCCAUGAGUGAGAAGGAGAAGCAACUCAUCGUCAGCGAGGUGAAUAUUCUGAGGGAACUAAGGCACCCGCAUAUUGUCCGGUACUUGGACCGAGUGAUCGACAAGCAGGCAACCAAGAUCUACAUCGUCAUGGAAUACUGCGAAGGUGGUGACCUUGGCCAGUUCAUCAAGAGGAAAAAGCGGGAAGGGUCCUACAUCGAAGAGGGCUUUAUCUGGCACAUUUUCACGCACAUUUUCCUGGCGCUGAAGGAGUGUCACCGUCACCGCGAGGGCAACGUCAUUCGUCCUAUUCUUCACCGUGACAUCAAGCCUGGCAACAUUUUCCUAGACUCGAACAACAAUGCGAAACUCGGUGACUUUGGGCUCGCAAAGGAACUCAGUAGCGAGUCUCGAUUUGCCCAGACGAACGUCGGCACUCCGUACUACAUGAGUCCAGAGAUGGUGAACGAGAUGACUUACGACGACCGAUCCGACAUUUGGGCUCUGGGUUGUUUGCUGUACGAGAUGGCUACACUUGGGCCUCCUUUCGACGCGACGAACCAGCUCGCACUAGCGAAAAAGAUUAACGCAGGCAAGUUCACGCGUAUCCCGUCCCAGUACUCGGAGGGACUUUUCCAGGUCAUCCGAUGGAUGCUGCACAGACAACGCUCUCGACGACCGAGAAUCGAGGACCUGGAACGUGUGCCACAACUGCAACAGAGAUUACGUGCGUACACUGCAGCGAACGUACCGCCGCCAGCUGCUGACCAGAACUUGCAGACGUCUUACAACCAGAAAAUGAAGGAGUUGUUGGGAAUUGAGGAAGAUCUGCGUCGACAGGAGGCUGCUUUGAUGGCUCGUGAGAAGAAGCUGAAAGAGCUCGAAGUGGACUACAUGCGUCGCGAAAGUGAGCUGAAGAAGAGGGAGCAAAUGGUCGAGAUGAUGACGCGCAAGUUGUCAUACAACGCCGGUAAAGUCGGAUCCCCUACCACGUCCGAUGACUCAAAUUCCAGUGCAGACAACAGCUUCAAUCACCAAGGCUCGCUACGGGGAGACAAUAACGCCGGCAGUCCUCCGCGUAAUGAUUUGAAUGCGAAAGUCGCAGCAGAGGAGGUUCCGCAGACAAGAUCUCAGCGGGGCUAUCCUGCCAAAGGCCAGAGCAGCCCUUACUAUGGCCCAACGGGCGAUGUCAGCUCGACUCCGUCGACGUCAAACCGACUCCGUGAUGCCCCCGAACAAGUCGCCAACUUGAUGAAGGGAAUGUGGAGGAAGAACAAUUAGCUGAUGUCGACAGCCACAGGGCCUGAAGGCAUGGCAUGAGUUUGAUCUAGUCUGCGAGACGAAGCACGAGCACAGAUCAGGGCAGCGGAGGGGAUGCGGGCGCAAAACUUAGCGAACAACGCCUUAUGUCGAGUCUUUUCACCACCAAACACGCACCGUCGGGCGCUAUGAGUAUUUGUACAAGAUAAUCAACUAAAAAACACACCAAGAAAAAAAAAAACCAAGGGCG